AUGGCUGGUACAGUUCCAUAUUCUAGUACCAAUGUAGCAGCCAGAACAUACUCGGCAGUGAAUGUUAUCACAUCCACUACAUCUGGGAGUCAAAUAACGUCUCCAUCAGCACCCUACACUUCAUAUCAAAUAUCUAUACCACCUAGGACUAAUUAUAACAAGCCCCAUACAGCAUCAAGUUGCACACAGAAUAUAUCUUAUAACACAAUUAAUCGGGCAAGAGCACCAGUCACACAACCAACACCACCCAGGACAUCAACAUCAGCAGCCAUCCCUAUUCAUCAUGGAAGUCAAAAUUGUAAUCAGUAUGUAAUGGAUAUCUUCCCCACCCGGAAAUUAUUACCCUCCAUAUCAUUAAUAUUUAGGUGA